UGCGCCACACACAUGCAAACUAAACGGACAUUGGAGCACCAACACGGGGACUGUCCUGCCGCAGCUCAUGCUUCUCCUGCCCUGGAAACUAAAGUGACUCCGAAGUGACACAGACGUUUCCCCUCCUGUUUUUGCUGUUCUUCUGUGUUUACGGGAAGUUGAGUGGAAUAUAACCUGAAACUUCGCCAUUGCUCGGACCUUAAAAAAGGUUUAUCUGACGGUGGAAGGAAACUUGAGCUGAAGGACCAGAAUGGCUGCACACAUUAAACACCUGGAAUUAUACUUUCUUUGACAUAACCUCAGCCAAAUAAGUUUGGAAGGAACUCCUCUGAACUCCUACAGAAGCUAGCUCCAUUUCUCUCUGUGGAUUAUAAGUAACAGACUGCCAUCAUGCCGAUCCUCAAGCAGCUGGUGAACAACUCUAACCAGUCCAAGAGACGGUCCCGCGCAGACCUGACCGCCGAGAUGAUCAGCGCCCCAUUGGGCGACUUCCGCCACACCAUGCAUGUUGGCCGCGGAGGAGACGCCUUCGGGGAUACUUCGUUUCUGAGCACCCGAUCAGGGGAACCUCCCAGGGAGCCGGAACCUAAGCAGAACUCCCCGGUGCCCAAACCAGGUCUGCUGUCCCGCACCUUCAGAAGCAGCAAGCGCUCUCAGUCAGUAAACCGAGGCGACAAAUACGAGUACACCAUGACGGGGCCUUCUGGUGGUUCGUCGGCCUAUGUCAAAAACGCCAUAUCCAUGCCUUACCUAAACGAAGAGGAUGUGAACCGAGGCCAACGACUGCCGAAGAGCGUUUCCUCCAGCCCCAUGAAGAGACUCUCGGAGAUCGAGAAGCCAUCGAACGGAGCCGCAGCCAUGGCGACACUGGAUGCAGAGUUUGAAGAGCGCAAUUUCGGCGAACUCACCGAUUUGCCUCCAUUCAUGCCCAAGGGAGGCGGAAUGAAGCACGCGGAGUCCAUGAUGUCCUUCAACAUCGACUUGGGGCCCUCAAUGCUCGGGGACAUCUUGAGCGUGAUGGAAAAGAAAGGCUGUGAGGAGGACGACCUCGGCUACGAGGAGGGCGAGGGCCGGGCGUCGCCUUCCCUCAUCCCCCACAUAGAUGACGAUGACGCAGAGGAAAAGGCCCCUUCCAGGCCCCCCCGCACCAUGUACCAGCAGAAGCCCGUGGUGGAGCCCUACACCCCCGAGCUGCACCCCAGGAACAACCACCACAACCUGGACAGCUGCUCCGUGUCCAGCGCCGGCUCCGUCACCGAGGAGAAACCGCAGUUCCACGACAACGACACGGACAGUGCGAAGUACAGCUCGCCACGUGGGGAGGAAGACCAAGAAUUCACCUUCAUGGAUGAUGACGAUGAUGAGAUUCGAGUGUAGAUGUUUUACCUAUCACUGCCACGAACAGUCUUGAAGGACACUAAUGUAAAGGACCAAGCUGGAAAAGGGCAGUGGAGGGAUUUAGAAGCAGCGCCACAUCUGCUUUAAGCUUCUUGUAGAUCAAUCUAAUCUCUGCCCACUUUGUUCUACAUCAUAAAUAAAAACCAAUUAAGCCUUAUUCACCGUGCUGUUGCAAGGAGAUAUGAGCCAAGAGCGUGUCAGACUGACUCACAAAGUGAAACUCUCGCAAAGUUUGGGUUAAUUUGCAACACCAGACUCUGAACUUAUCGAGGAAUUCUCCAUUUUAUAAUAAGACUGGCUCUGAACCGCGUCCUUCUCAAAGGUGCAUUGCUCGUUUUAAUAAGUAAAGGGCGGCAAUAUGGUUAAAGAGCCCUAACCCCAGCUGUCAAUCAAAUGAAUAUCACAUUUGGGGUAUGUGAUGUGAGGAGAAGGAUACGUGAAGUCACAAACCAGAUGUGGACGUGUGCUACAGGUUCUGAAGAAGAAAGAGGGAAAGGAAAAGAAAUGGAACUCUGAUAGCUUUGUAAUGUGUGGGAGUGAUCAUUUUGCCAUAUCUUGGCAUAGAUGCUAAAUAGAUAAAGUAGGUUCCUACUUUUGUCCAAGUCUGACUUUAAAGGGUGAUUAUUUUGUACUUUAUAAUAUGUAAAUAGAGUAUCUGGAAGUUGGUCUACAGUAGCUCUCUUGUAUUUGAGUUUGGUAGUUUACCAUUUUGCCCCUGUCUCUCUUUUAUAUCUCUCUUCUUUAAAUCCAUAGAGAGCUGUGGUAUUUAUUCAACAUGUUUUAUAAGGGAUGGAUCAUACUAAUUGUGCACUGCGAGGUCUUAAAAGUUUAGAUUUCAAGGUUCUCUGAUACGUUGAAUUUCUUACAAAAACGUCUUAAUUGAACUAAAGAGUUAGCCAGCUUCUUUACGUUGAAUUCGGCUGCCUAGCACUUACAUAUUGGAUUCAAUUAGACAUUAAAGUGUCUAAGUCACAUCACUCCUACUUUCACUGUCGUGUUAAGGCUGUACUAGCUCACAAAAUGUCAUGUACUUUCUUUCAACAACAAUACAGAAGUUGUGUUUAUUUUUUGUAUCUUCACAACUCAUUCCACAUCAUCACUCAGAUGUGUAUGAUAGGCAGGUCAAAGAGAGGCAUGAAAGCGUUUGAAAGGGAGUUGUCGCUGUAGACAAAUUGUUAUAUUCAAAUUAAUAGUUAGGGCUCUAUCCAAAACACACAUCCUCUCUCUAGACAUGUGUUCAGGCGCGUCUCUAAGGGAAGAGAGAGUGUGUUAUUAGAGCGCAGCUACUUAAUAAAGCAUCAGGAAUGUCCCCGGGCAGCGUCAGAUAUUUCCUAAACUGGCCCCACAAGUGAUACCUCCUGUACACAACCAAAUCACACAGUAGGAACACAUGAUUAAAUGAACCCAUCAUCUGGCCGUUUCUCUGUCUACUCAUUAAAUGUGCUGCAUUGUUGGCUCCCAACCAGCUGGAUCGGCUCCACAAACAGCAGGGUCAGGGACGGGCAGGUGGGUGGCUUCUCUUUCUUCUUUUCUACGAUGCAGGCUCCUACAGGUCUAAAUAAGGUAUCCACGGUUAAUAUGACCCUUUUUUUAUUUGGCGUUAAGAAACUAAUUGCCAGGUUUUUGAACUUCCUGUUGACGCGGGGGUGUGCACGUAGAAUCAGGAUGCUGUGCCAUUCUGGCUCGGGUUAUUGUGAUGUUUCCAAACAGAAACAGGUUUAAAGACGUUUGUCUUAAAAGCAAUCUAGAGGAGAUUGCCAAGUAUGUUCUAACUUUAUUAUUGGGUAACGUUAGCAGGAUGUAUGAUUGUGUUGUUGUUACUUAUGUGUAGAUAUGCAAUACAAGAGUCAGAGCUCACAUUUUGAUGCCAGUGAGUCAAAAUGGAAGCCGUCUUUACUUCUAUUGGUCCAGAAUGAAAUGGUUUGCGCUGCUGCAGUCCUUCACGUUCAUCGCCAAGAAAUGAACACUCUAAAAAGAGAACAGAAACACUCCUUAUCUGCCGUUGUUUUAAUCAAGUCAUGUAAAUAUAGUUAGUGCCAUGGAUGAUUACAUUAAACACUGGUUGUUAUCAGCAGUGUGACGAUGUGGUACUACCGUGGGAAUGUUAGCGGAUUCAACACUAAAUGGCACAUUUGCGGCCAAAUUGUCGCAAGUAGAAGAAUAAAGGAUCAUGGGAAAGUAUACUAAAUGACGCUGAAGUACUUUCUUUGUAUUUUCUUAAUUUUGCUGGCAUUCUCCUUGUUUCUCUUUAGGACACUCCUAAGUAGGCCAGAACAAACUAUUUAAAAUAAUUUGCAAGUUCGUUCUGCCCCAGGUCUUAAAGUUUUCAGCGCCCGGACAGCUUUGCUUUGGAGUGGUGGGAAAAGAUAAGGACGUGAAAAACAACCUGCUCAGAGUUCUGCUGUGAAUGUUUAUUCUUUUUUUUCUAUUCAGUGGCUGUAGUGUUAUGCCGAGUUUGUACUGAUUUUCUUUUCCUACUCCUUAUUCUGGUUUUACAGUAUAUUAAUAUAUUUACCUUCCUCAUUUUCCUUUCUUUGAAAUAACAGCUAUAUUUUUCAAUAAAAGAGAAGCUGGUAAUCUUUAA